UUCGUCUUCUGAAACGACGUCGUUAGGAUCUUUCCAAUCGAGUUCUUCCCAAGCUUCGUCGUCGUCGUCGUCUAGGUCGGGUGUUUAAAUUUACGGUUUCUGAGUUAGACGAGAGACUCUCAAUCUCGGAGAAUCUGAGGUUUUACGGGAUAUCCCGUUUUAAUCAAAUUCAGGAUAGAUGGAUUUUCAGAGUUGCUAAGGUGGGACAGAGUAUUAGUGGUGAUUGCAACGACAAUGGGCUUAUUGAAGAAAAAAGAUUCAACUUCAGCUCGCUCCUCUACUUCUCCCUGCGCCGAUUUGCGAAACGCUUACCACAAUUGCUUCAACAAAUGGUACUCGGAGAAGUUUGUUAAAGGCCAAUGGGAUAAAGAAGAGUGUGUUGCCGAGUGGAAAAAAUACAGAGACUGUCUCUCGGAGAAUUUAGAUGGUAAGCUUCUCACUCGCAUUUUGGAGGUAGAUGGGGAGCUGAAUCCAACAAAGCAAGCUACUGAUUCAAAAGAAUCCAGUUCAUGAUACUUGAUCCCCAUGUUUUUCGAGAUAACAUUGUCACUUUAAAAAGAUUGAACAAACUCCUUUGGUAUGAAACCAUAACAUCAUAGAAUACAAAGUAGAAUGGGAUUGUUGUAUUCUUUAUUGAAAAAUUGGAAGAAAAAUAAAGAA